AUGGCGGGGCUGUACUCGCUGGGAGUGAGCGUCUUCUCCGACCAGGGCGGGAGGAAGUACAUGGAGGACGUUACUCAGAUCGUGGUGGAGCCCGAGCCGACCGCUGAAGAGAAGCGCUCGCCGCGGCGGUCGCUCUCGCAGCCGUCAGCGCCGGCUCUUCCCGGCGGCGGCGGCGGCGGCGGCGGCGGCGGCGAGGUCUCGGGGAAAGGCCCGGCGGCGGGAGCCCGAGAGGCUGGCGCCCCUGCCCCGGACGCGGGGGCCUCGCCGGCCCCGGGCCGUUGCUGCCGCCGCCGCUCCUCGGUGGCCUUUUUCGCCGUGUGCGACGGGCACGGCGGGCGGGAGGCGGCACAGUUCGCCCGGGAGCACUUGUGGGGCUUCAUCAAGAAGCAGAAGGGGUUCACCUCGUCCGAGCCCGCCAAGGUGUGCGCUGCCAUCCGCAAGGGCUUCCUCGCCUGUCACCUCGCCAUGUGGAAGAAGCUGGCAGAAUGGCCAAAGACUAUGACAGGUCUUCCCAGCACGUCGGGGACAACAGCCAGUGUGGUCAUCAUACGGGGCAUGAAGAUGUAUGUAGCUCACGUGGGUGACUCAGGCGUGGUUCUUGGAAUUCAGGAUGACCCAAAGGAUGAUUUUGUCAGAGCUGUGGAAGUGACACAGGAUCAUAAGCCAGAACUUCCCAAGGAAAGAGAACGCAUCGAAGGACUUGGUGGGAGUGUGAUGAACAAGUCUGGCGUGAAUCGUGUAGUUUGGAAACGACCUCGACUCACUCAUAAUGGACCUGUUAGAAGGAGCACAGUUAUUGACCAGAUUCCCUUUCUGGCAGUAGCAAGAGCACUUGGUGAUUUGUGGAGCUAUGAUUUCUUCAGUGGUGAAUUUGUAGUGUCACCUGAACCAGACACAAGUGUUCACACUCUUGAUCCCCAGAAGCACAAGUAUAUUAUCUUGGGGAGUGAUGGACUUUGGAAUAUGAUUCCACCUCAAGAUGCCAUCUCAAUGUGCCAGGACCAAGAGGAGAAAAAAUAUAUAAUGGGUGGUGAGCAUGGACAAUCUUGUGCCAAAAUGCUUGUGAAUCGAGCACUAGGCCGCUGGAGGCAGCGGAUGCUUCGAGCAGAUAAUACCAGUGCCAUAGUAAUCUGCAUCUCUCCAGGAGUGGGUAGUCAGGGAAAUUUCACCAAUGAUGAUGAGCUCUAUCUGAACCUAACUGAUAGCCCUUCUUAUAAUAGUCAAGAAACCAGCCUGCGGACUUCUUCCCCAAGUUCUACACCACCAGUCAAGUCAAUGGAGGAGGACCCUUGGUCAAGACUGAACUCUAAGGACCAUAUACCUGCCCUUGUUCGUAGUAAUGCCUUCUCAGAGAACUACUUAGAAGUCCCAACUGAGGUGGCUCGAGGGAAUGUCCAGGCUGCAGUCUUACCCUCAAAAGAUACAGAGCCACUUGAAGAAAAUUGCACUAAAGCCCUGACAUUAAGGAUACAUGAUUCUUUGAAUAAUAGCCUGUCAGUUGGCCUGGUGCCUACCAAUUCAACAAACACCAUCAUGGACCAGAAAAAUAUAAAGAUGUCAACUUCAGGUCAAAUGAAAGCCCAAGAAGUUGAAAGAACCCCUCCAGCAAACUUUAAAAGGACAUUAGAAGAAUCCAAUUCUGGCCCUCUUAUGAAGAAGCAUAAACGAAAUGGUUUAAGUCGAAGUAAUAAUGCUCAGCCUGCAGGCCUUGCCACAGCCUCACAGCGAAAGAACUCCGUUAAACUUACCAUGCGACGCAGACUUAGGGGCCAGAAGAAAAUUGGAAAUCCUUUACUUCACCAGCACCGAAAAACUGUUUGUGUUUGCUGA